GAGAAAGAGACAGAAACAGAUUGACAGGGAUCGGGAGAGAGGAUCUGUGUGAUGCUCAAAGUGAAGUAACAGAGGAAGAAGCUCAGAGGAGGAAAAACUCCUGAAGUGCUUUAUUUUUGGACGACUACCUCUUCAAUUUUACUUUGAAUCCUCCUCCAUUAGCUAAAUGACUUUUUUUCGCGCAUAAUCUUCUACUUUUUAACAUUUUUUUCCUUAAAAGCAUACUUUUUCACUUAUCAAUCUCUACAUUUAUCCCCUUUUUUCCCCUCCCACCUGCUGCAUCCACACCCUGAUAUUUUUUCCAGUGCUGUGGCAGCUGUUGGCUCUCUGAUUUCUUGAUAUGGCUAAAUAAGAGGUGGAAGGGUGGGGGGCUUGCCGGUGGUUUUCUUUGAGGGUUGAGAAGUUGCGGAGGGAACCAGGAGAAGAGGAGGAGGAUGGCGGUGGCUCUGGAAGAAGUUUGGGGGCGGGUGAAAAAUGUCUGCAAGCAGAACGGACUGCUCAUUCUGUCUGUGCUGGCCGUGGUCAUCGGCUGCCUGUUGGGCUUCUUCCUCAGAGGCAAGCAGCUCUCCGAGCAGGAGGUGAAGUACUUCCAGUUUCCAGGAGAGCUGCUAAUGAGGAUGCUGAAAAUGUUAAUUUUGCCCCUUGUCGUAUCGAGUUUGAUGUCCGGUCUGGCUGCUCUGGAUGCCAAGUGCUCCAGCCGCUUGGGAAUAAUGACCAUUUCAUACUACCUGUGGACCACCUUUGUUGCUGUGGUAGUUGGCAUUGUCAUGGUUUACAUCAUUCACCCGGGUGGAGCUGCACAGAAGGAGGAUUCUGAGGACAGCAAGAAGCCAAUGACCAGCUCUGCUGAUGCUCUGCUGGACCUCAUUCGCAACAUGUUUCCAGCCAACUUGGUCCAAGCUACAUUUCAACAGUAUCGAACCCAGAGAGUCGCAGAACUCAUCCCCAAACCGACAGUCGCUCAGCUCCUGGAUGAGACAACCACGCGGAGGGUCUACAUUUAUGGCAUCCAGGAUGACAAUGGCACCGACACCCAGAACUUCUCCCUGGAUCUAACGCCACCUCCUGACGUCAUCAUGAAAACAUCUCCUGGCACCAGCGAAGGCAUGAAUGUACUGGGGAUCGUUAUAUUCUCUGCAACCAUGGGAAUAAUGCUGGGAAGAAUGGGACCCAACGGAAGUGCUUUGGUCAACUUUUGUCAGAGUUUGAAUGAGGCGGUUUUGAAGAUUGUUGCCAUUGUCAUUUGGUAUUUCCCCUUUGGUAUUGUGUUUCUGGUGGCUGGAAAGAUCUUAGAGAUGGACGACCCUUCGGCCAUGGGGAAGAAGUUGGGCUUUUAUGCCAUCACUGUGGUAAUGGGCUUGGUGCUGCACGGACUGUUCAUCCUCCCGGCCAUGUACUUCUUCAUCACCAAGAAAAGCCCCAUAGUUUACAUAAGAGGCAUUCUACAAGCCCUUCUCAUCUCCUUGGCCACUUCCUCCAGCUCUGCUACUCUGCCUAUCACCUUUAAGUGCCUCCUUGAGAACAACCAUAUCGACAGACGCAUCAUCCGCUUCGUGCUGCCGGUCGGGGCCACCAUCAACAUGGAUGGUACGGCGCUCUAUGAGGCCGUGGCAGCCAUCUUCAUCGCCCAAGUGAACAAUUACGAACUGGACUUUGGGCAAAUCAUCACCAUCAGCAUCACUGCCACGGCCGCCAGCAUCGGUGCAGCUGGAAUCCCACAGGCUGGUCUUGUUACCAUGGUGAUCGUGCUGACCUCUGUGGGUUUGCCCACUGAUGACAUCACUCUCAUCAUUGCUGUCGACUGGGCUUUGGAUCGAUUCAGGACCAUGGUCAAUGUGAUGGGCGACGCUCUGGCCACAGGAAUCAUGGCUCAUAUCUGCAGAAAGGAUUUUGUCAAAGAGGGAGAGCAGGUGCCUCUUAUAUGCGAGACCAAACCCAUGAUAAGCAUCCAGCAGAUGAUGAACUACCAGAACCAGAAGAACGGCUGCUACCAGCCGCCUCCACCGGGCAGCAAGCAGGACCACCUUUCCCCUGACGUGGCUCGCCUGAUCCAGCUGGAGGAGGGGAUUCGACCUGUAGAGAAGAAGAAGCACGCUCACGCCUCUCACCACAAGAGAGAACACAGGGACAAGGACCACUGUUCCAUUGACAUGAACGGGCUGGAGACUAAUGUGUAAAAAUGGUCACUCUGUCAGAGUCUACCGGUCCAUCCAUGACUGCAGGACCAGCAGGAGAGGACGAAGCAUUAAAGAGCCGAGGUGACCGAGUUCACAUGCUUAUCCCCUCGAGUGAGAGCAGCCAUGAGUAGAUGUAUGCAUGGGGAAAAAAAGACUUUUUUUUCCUACAUAACCCAAAUGAUGACCCACGUUUGAUUGUUUGUUUGUGUGUGUACAUAUUUAUCAGAUAUAUACAUAUAUUGGGUAGCAGCAGUGGCCGUGUGCUACUCUGAAGGACCUUUUAAAUCAAGAACAGAUCCUGUGUGAGGACUGACUGUGAUUAGCAGUCUUAAAGGACUGCAUAUGGAAAACACAACCAACUUAUAUCAAAUGUAAUUUAAAGGUACCUUUUCCUCCGUGGACUGCAGACAAAAAACAAACGGACAUCAACUUAUGUCGCUUUUUAUGCUUUCUGAUCUGGUUUGUAUUUAGCACAAUAUUGGUUUUCUUUUUCUUUUUUUACAUUUCUCUCUUCUUUUUGUUGACCAUUGUGUUGUUUAUGAUAAAUCAGGGCAAAAGGUUCCCCAUUUGGUAUAUUUUUCAACACAAAAAGACACAGCGGAACAAAACAAAACUGUUCUCCUAUAGCUAUUAGACAAACGCACAAAUGCAUGAGUUAAGUCCAUAUUUUAGAAAUAUAAAGCUCAACCACAGAAGGCGUUUGACUGUGACGGGUGCUUUGGGAUUAUGGGAUAUCAGGGAGCUGUUGGUGGGCUUUCUAGUUCCGUGUACUGCAAUCGGGCUCGUUCCCAGUGGGCGGUGGAUUCUGGCAACUUUGCGAACGAUUCUGUUCAUAAUUUUAUUAUCACAAUUUCUUGACCCACCUGAGGGUGUCAGGUUUGGUGGUUUGGUUUUUAUAGAAAAUCACAGAUGACCUGGUUUUGAUGGCUUCCUCGAGCCUUGACCUGCAAUAUGCACUAGGGCAGGUCACAGCUGAGUGUGAAAAAAAUGAGCACCUACAGGUCUGAGGCCAUGGCACAUGAGCUUGCCAGAUGGACUGAUGCUGCAUCAGAAGUGAUGCAAAACAUGUGAUAGUCUAGUGUGGUGAAGAGAGGGCUAAGUGUUAAAGUUAAGCUACUGAUUAACUGGUUAGUCUAUGCUCAUACACUGGCCACAGGCUUUGAGUGGAGACCAAAAGAAUGAUAUUGUGAAUACAAGUUGUGGAAAUGAGCUUGCUCCAGUGAACUUGUUCAUUCAGUAGAGGCUCACAGUAGAGCCAGUGCUCCUCUGCACUGAAAGGAGGCAUUUGAGGUGGUUUUAGUAUCUGAGUAAAAUACCUCAUGGACACCUCGUAAGUGAGACGUUUUGAGCACGUCCUACUGGAGAAGGCCAAUACACCCCCCCCCCCCCCCC